CAGAGAAGAAAAAGCGCAGAAAGAAGGAAUCAGCUGAUGUGCUGACUGCUGACUCUCAAGUCUCAAGGCAAAAUGAUACCCUCUGUCUCCAAAGGACAAUGCUAGAUGCGAAGAGGUUAUCUCCUCAAAGCCGCAGAACACUUUCGAUUCUCGUGCCAUCAUCCGUUUCGGUCACACUAGCCUCCACACAUUCUCUGGGCAUGAGGCUUUUGUGCUCCAAACCUCCGAUAAUGCCGGGUGUGGAAGCCUCUGGCACAGUCGAUUCCUCGGACUCAUCUUCGUCUUCAAGUCUUUCUGAUCAUUUGCUGUCUUUAUCUCUCAAUGGAGUGCAUAAACAGACGGAGUCGGUUUCCGAAGACCAAUUUGUGAAAAAAGAUCCUCGGGAAAUUGCCAGGGAGUAUCAAUUGGAAUUAUGCAAGAAAGCUCUGAAGGAAAAUAUAAUUGUGUAUCUGGGGACAGGUUGUGGGAAGACUCACAUCGCUGUGUUGCUUAUGUAUGAGAUGGGGCACUUGAUACGGAAGCCUCAGAAGAACGUAUGUGUUUUUCUUGCCCCUACAGUGGCAUUAGUUAACCAGCAAGCAGAUGUGAUAGAAGAGUCUACGGAUUUUAAGGUUGGGGUUUACCGUGGGAGCUCAAAGCGCUUGAAAAAACAUCAAGAUUGGAUGCAAGAGAUCGAGCAACAUGAGGUUCUUGUUAUGACCCCUCAGAUACUUUUGCGCGGUUUAUCUCACACUUUCAUAAAAAUGGAGAUGAUUUCUCUUUUAAUAUUUGAUGAAUGCCAUCAUGCCCAAGUCAAAAGCAACCAUCCAUAUGCAGAAAUCAUGAAAGUCUUCUAUGAACGGGAAUCCAGUAAGAUUCCCCGCAUCUUUGGCAUGACAGCUUCGCCAGUUGUAGGGAAAGGUGCUUCUAGUAAAGGAAAUCUAUCAAGGAGCAUCAAUAGUCUCGAACGUUUGCUUGACUCAAAGGUAUAUUCGGUCUCGCAGAAAGAAGUGGAUACUUUUGUGGCCCCUCCUGUAGUUACUAUAUAUUAUUAUGGUCGUAGUGCCAAUGAACCAUUGUACACGAAUUACUGUACCAAGCUAUGGGAGAUUAAAUGUCAGUGCAUAGAAAUCCUUAGAAGCAGUACAGAAUAUCACUUGAAACGGAGGAACACAAAGAAACUUCUGAACCGAAUGCAUAAUAAUGUGCUUUUCUGUCUGGAGAAUCUUGGCGUUUGUGGAGUAUUGCAAGCUAGUCGUGUUCUUUUGAGUGGUGAUCACUCUGAAAGGCUUGAAUUUGUGGAGGAGGAAGGAAGUGCAAGUGAAUACUCUUUUUGUGACAAAUAUCUAGCACGGGUGUCUGAGUUCUUUAUUUCUGAAUGCAUGAAAGGUGACCAUUUGUCUGAUCUCUCUUCUCUGGACAAUUUAAAAGAGCCUCUUUUCUCAAGAAAGCUUUUACGCCUCAUUGGGAUACUGUCCUCAUUUAGGCCACAACCAGAUAUGAAAUGUAUAAUUUUUGUAAAUAGAAUUGUUACUGCAAGAUCCCUGUCAUACAUACUACAACAGCUCAAAAUUUUAGCACGUUGGAAAAGUGAUUUUCUGGUAGGAGUUCAUGCUGGAAUAAAAAGUUCAUCGAGAAAGACUAUGAGCAUCAUUCUUGACAAGUUCCGCAGUGGAGAGUUGAAUUUAUUGGUUGCAACCAAAGUGGGUGAAGAAGGACUUGAUAUUCAGACAUGUUGCCUUGUCAUACGAUUUGAUCUUCCUGAAACUGUUGCGAGCUUUAUACAAUCAAGAGGUCGUGCACGUAUGGCUAAGUCAGAAUAUGCAUUUUUGGUGGACAGUGGCAAUAAGAAGGAUAUGGACUUGAUUGAAUGUUUUAAGGAAGAUGAAAACCGUAUGAACAAGGAAGUUGCUUUCCGCACAUCCUAUGAUACACAUAUCAUCCCUGAGGAAAGAAUUUACAAAGUCAUAUCAACUGGCGCUUCUGUCACUUCUGCAUAUAGUGUCUCAUUGCUUCACAACUAUUGUUCGAAGCUUCCACAUGAUGAGUAUUUUGACCCCAAGCCAGAAUUUUUUUACUUUGAUGAUUUAGGGGGAACUGUCUGUCACGUAACAUUGCCUUCCAAUGCUCCCAUACAUCAAAUUGUUAGUGCACCACAUGGUUCAAUGGAAGCUGCUAAGAAGGCUGCUUGUUUGCAAGCGGUUGAGGAACUGCAUAAAUUAGGUGCUUUGAGUGAUUGUCUGUUGCCAAGGCAAGAUGAGGCAAACCCAGAGGAGGUUUCAGAUUCUUCUGAUUCAGAUGAAAAUGAAGAUGACAACUCACGAGGAGAAUUAUAUGAGAUGCUAGUUCCUUCAGCCUUUAGGCAGGCCUGGUCACAUUCAGAUGAUAUUGUCCAUCUUAACUCUUACCUUUUAAAAUUUAGACCCUCUCCAGAGGAUCGGAUCUAUAAAGAGUUUGGUUUAUUUAUGAUGACACGUCUUCCUGCGGAGGCUGUGAAAUUGGAAAUUGAUCUUCAUCUUGCUCGUGGUAGAACUGUGAUGACACGAUUUGUUCCAUUUGGUGCUAUUGAAUUUGACAAAGCUGAGAUUCAGAUGGCACAGCAUUUUCAGGAGAUGUCCCUAAAAAUUAUUCUUGAUCGAUCAGAAUUUGUUCAUGAAUUUGUACCCUUGGGUAGUUCUGAUGUCUUGCAAACAAGCACCUCAACCUUCUAUCUUGUGCUUCCAGUAAUAAUGCAAGACUGUGAAAGGACUAUGUCAGUAGAUUGGAAGACCGUGAAAAGAUGCCUUUCUUCACCCAUUUUUAGGCCUCCAGGUCAACCUGUAACUCCAAAAUUGUUUCCUUGGAGAGGGAACCUGCAACUUGCUGAUGGUUGGAAAAGUGUAAGCGAUAUUGAGAAUAGUUUAGUAUAUGCCCCACACAAGAAGCUGUUUUAUUUUAUUACUGAGAUUGUUUAUGAAAAGGAUGCACUGAGUCCUUAUAAGGAUUUGGGCAGUUCAAGCUAUGCGGACCACUUUAUUAAAAGGUUUUCCAUUCAUCUUAAAUACCCCAAGCAACCGCUUCUCUGUGCAAAGCCACUAUUUAAUUUGCACAACUUGCUUCACAACCGAAAGCAAGAGGAUACAGAAACUCAGGAACUGGAGGAGUAUUUCAUCUAUUUGCCUCCUGAGCUUUGUGAACUAAAAAUUAUAGGCUUCUCUAAAGAUAUUGGUAGUUCCCUGUCUUUGGUACCAUCCAUCAUGCAUCGUCUUGGAAACUUGCUGGUUGCAAUUGAACUCAAGCAUCUGCUACGUUCUUCUUUCUCUGAGGCAGAUGAAGUCAGUGCAGAAAGAGUUUUGGAGGCACUCACCACUGAGAAAUGUCAGGAGCGCCUUUCUCUUGAAAGACUUGAAGUGCUUGGUGAUGCUUUCCUUAAAUUUGCAGUUGCACGCCAUUUUUUCCUCAUGAAUGAUAGCCUUCAUGAAGGAGACCUUACAAGGAGGCGAUCAAAUGUUGUAAAUAACUCCAAUUUGUUCAAGUUAGCUACUAAACGGAAUCUGCAGGUGUACAUUCGCGAUCAGGCAUUUGAUCCUUCUCAGUUCUUUGCAUUGGGCCAUCCUUGCCUAAGAGUUUGUACCCCGGAAACUGAAGAAAGCAUUCACUCCUGUUUAAAUUCUCCAGAGGAGCAGGGAAGAUCAUCUGAAGUUCGUUGCAAUAAAAAUCACCACUGGCUUUAUCGGAAAACAGUUGCUGAUGUCAUUGAAGCUCUUAUUGGAGCAUUCAUAAUUGACAGUGGCUUUAAAGCAGCCACUGCAUUUCUUACAUAUCUUGGCAUACAAGUUAAGUUUGAAUCCUUACAGGUAGUCAAUGCUUGCAAAGCAAGUAUGGGUUACAUCCCCCUUUCCAUGCAUAUAGACAUUCCUUCCCUUGAAGAUGAGUUAAAGUAUCACUUUGUCCAUAAGGGUUUACUUCUCCAAGCAUUUGUACAUCCUUCUUACAAUAAGCAUGGGGGUGGCUGUUAUCAGCGAUUGGAGUUUCUUGGAGAUGCUGUCUUGGAUUAUUUGAUUACUUCAUACCUUUACUCCGCUUAUCCACAGCUAAAGCCUGGUCAAUUAACAGACCUGAGAUCAGUGUCAGUUAACAAUAAGGCUUUUGCCUAUGUCGCAGUGGGUAAAGGAUUUCAUAAUUUCCUUUUAUGUGAUUCUCAUGGUCUGUCUGAUGCAAUAGAAAAGUAUGUGGACUACAUUAAAGGAUCUAAAGCGCAUUCUGGUGUUCAUGGAGGGCCAAAAUGUCCCAAGGCCCUAGGUGACUUGGUAGAGUCUUGUGUUGGUGCCAUUCUGGUUGAUUCUGGUUUCAAUCUGAACAGUGUUUGGAAGAUUAUGACUUCAUUCUUGGAGAACAUAAUGAAAUUUUCGUCAGGCUUGCAGCUUAGUCCUAUUAGGGACUUGCAAGAACUUUGCCAAUCUCAUAGUUUGGACUUGCAGUUUCUGAAAUCCAAAACAAGCAGAAUGUUUUCUGUUGAAGCCAAGGUGACUGGGAAAGAUGUAUCUGAAACUGCUUCAGCAACCAGCAUGAACCAAAAAGAGGCUUCUAGAAUUGCUUCACAACUAGUAUUUUCUGAAUUAAAGUCUAAGGGCUGGAAACCGAAGUCAAAAUCUUUGGAGGAAGUUCUUAAGUCAACUUUUAAAGCAGAAGGCAAACUUCUUGGUUAUGAUGAAACACCCAUUGAUAUAACUGAAGCUGGCAUCGAGCCUGUAAUGGUUGAGGGAGACCAAUGCAGCAGUUUUGAUCCAGAAAUUUUUCGCAUCUGUGAUGAUGAGGUAGUUGACGGAUACCCCCCACAUUCAACAUCUGUUAGGCAGCAGGUUCCAUCUUCUUCCGUCACAGGGAAACUUGGGGAGGAAAUUGAAGAUCACGAACGGGACUGUGACUCACAGAGGGCACGUAUGUUAGAUACUGUUUCAGAAUGUGUGGUCAAAGGAACAUCAAGAUCGCGGUUAUAUGAAUUCUGUGCUGCCAAUUGCUGGAAACCUCCUUCAUUUGAAUGCUGCAAAGUGGAGGGACCAGACCAUCUGAAGUUAUUUACUUGCAAGGUGACCUUGGAGAUAGAAGAUGCUUCAAAUAUGAUUUUGGAGUGUGUUGGAACUCCUCAAUCAAGGAAGAAAGAAGCAGCAGAGGCUGCAGCUGAGGGCGCAUUUUGGUACCUGGAAAAGGAAGGUCACUUACUUUGAUGGUAAGUGAAAAAAACAGCUUAACAAGGGUUUAAACAGUCUUCUCAUUUGAAACUAUCUGUCAUUAGGAAUUUCUAAAAUGACCUCGGUGUUAAUGAUUAUGUUCUAACAGCUAUAGAUAGCGAUAACGGUUUGGCAUGCCACUAUUUCCUGGCAUUUGGAAUGUGUAGUAUGAAUCCCUAAUUAUUGGUUCCCUUGAUAUGUAUUUAACAUGUCUGUUGGGAUCUGAAAUUUUUUUGUUAUGGAUAUCUUUUGGGGACAAUAUAAUCAUUAAAAUUA